AUCAGCCCGAACCCUACAAUGGCAGAAGAGAGAUAAUUACAGAGAGAGGUUGGAAGGGAAAAUCAAAUCUAAGCAUAUAAAUUGGGCGACGACGGUUGUGGAUACUUGCGGGUCCUAAUGGAGAGUGUAGCGGCUGGCGUUGGUCACGGCGCCGUAGAAGAUGUCUCUUCUACCACUAUCUUUUCACGGUGGAGCCAUGCCGCUUCAUGCCGGUAUCAGCACCUCCUCGAUAGGUGUUCCCCAUACAUCUUCUACCGUUGGAUCGCCUGCUUUUUCAUCGCUUCUAUCUAUGUCCUUCGGGUUUACCUCAUCGAAGGAUUCUACAUCGUCUCUUACGGCCUCGGAAUUUACAUCCUCAAUCUUCUGAUCGGCUUUCUCUCCCCCCAAGUGGAUCCUGAGAUCCUGGAUCUCCACGAUGGCCCUGCGCUUCCCGUCAGGGAAUCCGACGAGUUCCGCCCUUUCGUUCGUAGGCUUCCGGAGUUCAAAUUCUGGUACUCGAUCACAAAAGCCUUCUGUAUUGCUUUUCUGAUGACAUUCUUCAGUGCAUUUGACGUACCUGUAUUUUGGCCUAUCCUUCUAUUUUACUGGGUGGUGUUGUUCACUCUCACUAUGAGGAGACAGAUAUCACACAUGAUCAAAUAUAAAUAUGUUCCGUUCUCCUUUGGUAAACAGCGAUAUGAUGGAAAGGGUGCAUCAGCUUCAAGCGAGACCAGUAACCUUCUGAAGGAUUAAAGUCUUUGGGUGGAUUAAUAGUAGUAAUUGUUUCUGUCAAGUAGAACUAUUAAACUUGAUUUAUUCUGCUGUAUUCUUGUUCACUGUUAGUUCUACAUGAGGAGAAGACAGUAAGAGAUAAUUGUAAUGGAGAUAAGUUAGGCUGGUCAUCUGCUAGUUCUUCAUUUCCCCUAAUCUUUGUACUUCUCUGGAUGUUCCUAUGGAAAAUCAAGAUUCAGGUAGAUGGUGUGGAUGCUGAAUUUUGCCCCUCUCCAUGGCAGACAUGUUCCAGUUGUAAAGAAAGAAAAAGAAGGGAUAAAAACCUCUGGUUUUGUUAGCAGAUGAACAAUCUCAGAUUUUACCUUAAAGAUUUCUGCACAUUUGCUUGCUUCA